CAGUAAAGUUUUGAGUUUUCAAUGAUGUAAGGACAUCUUGUCACUACGUUAAGUUUGGAUCUUUCCCACCCACUCCAUUACAGAGAUUAAACCUAACCCAAGUCCCCCUACUAAAACCAUCAAGUUUUUCCAUUAAACCCAUGACAAACAAUGUCAUUUGUCAGCUGAUUAUGUUAUUUCAAGAAUUGAUCAUCUUUAAUAAAACUGACAAGCAUGUGUAAGUUGAUCUUUUCUCUCUUUUCGCCUAUUUUCCAGGUACUUAUUUGCUUCCUGACAUGCUGAAAUGAAAUGGAUUUCAUUCAUAAAUGAUGGAAUUCCAAGAAAUGAAUCUCCCGUUCGGCUACUGAAUCUCGGGUGAAGCAAAAGAGCUUUCAAAGUGGUUACUGGGUUUUGGCUAUUCAGAAAAGAGAAUUAAGAUAUAAAUACUCAGAAUCUGUACUCAUGAGCAGUGUAGGAUUGGGUUUAGCCACACAGGUUGUGGUCAUGUCUAUUAUGAUUUCCGUGAUUGUAUUAUUUGUGGGUAUUGGAGCUCUGGUAUUGAUUCAUAUCUGCGGUGUUGGGAGGGCCUUCAGAAGAUCAGGAAACGGAAACAGAAACGCGAUGGACCGGGGGAGUUUCGGAAGCAGAAGCAUGUCUCAGGGUGAUCUAGAGAAUCUCCCUUGCUUUGAUUUCAAAGCAAGAGUGGAAGGGAGUAGUCCAGUGGACUGUGCUGUUUGUCUGGAGAAUUUCAAGGUGGGUGAUAAGUGCAGAUUGUUGCCGCUUUGCAAGCACAGUUUUCAUGCCCAGUGUGUGGAUUUGUGGCUUUUGAAAACACCCAUUUGCCCGGUCUGUCGAACUAGGACUGCAAGUGGGCGUUCCACUGAAAUUGGGGACAGCCAAACAGGGGAUGCUGACCAUUUCAGUGACUCUGGUGAAGUUGGAAUUGAGCAGCGUCAGAACUAGGAAUCUAAAUAUCCGCUGCUAUGUAUGGUUUUUUUGUCCUCUGACAUCACUACACCCUGCUAUACCGGUGCUAUCGAAAAUUAACACCUGUAUCGGCCAGUUCCCGCUAUGUAUUGCUUUGAAACGAUGUUUUGCUCUCUACAGGGCAGCAACGCCGCAACGUGACCGCUACGGCCACUUCGGUGCUCUGGCGCCAAAAAUUACUUUAAAAAAUUCACGAUCACUACACCACACCAGAUUUCUGCUAUGUGUUGUUCAAUACUCCCGCUACAACUAGAACCAAUAGGGUUUAACUCAGCUACGUUUGAAUUUGACUUCUUUA